AAAAGUUUCGAACAUUCAAAUUUAAUUUAAUGAUAAGUGAAGCAAUUUUUCGAACAUCAGUCUAUGCAGAACAUUUAUUCAACAAUCUCAUGCAUAUAUUAUUCUAAGCGAAAUGGAGAUUGAUAGUUGCUCGAAAAUUGAUUAUUUGAUUAAAAACCGAGGAUUUCCUUUGGAAAUCCAUACUGUUACAACAGAAGAUGGUUAUAUUUUAAGCAUGUUCAGAAUUAGGCAGGGAAAAAAUGGUUCGAAUAGUUCAUCAUCGAUAAAGCCUCCUGUCUUGAUAAUGCAUGGAAUGUUUUGUUCAGCUUGUGAUUAUCUGUUAAAUGAAUAUAGUUUGCCAUAUUACUUGGCAGAUCAUGGAUUUGAUGUUUGGUUAGGGAAUAGUAGAGGAACACCGUUUUCCAGGAAACAUAACAAAUGGGAUUGUAAUAAGGACAGGAAAAAAUAUUGGGAUUUUAGUUACCACGAAAUCGGAUACUAUGAUAUCCCAGCUUUUAUCGACUAUAUAGUGAAGAAUACCGGAGUAUCCAGAAUAUAUUAUAUAGGACAUUCCCAGGGAACGACCAACUUCUUCGUGCUGAUGUCUACUAGGCCAGAAUACAACGCCAAAAUCCGAUUGGGUAUAAUGUUAGCGGCAGCCGCUGUUGGUCACCAUGUUCCAACUAUUCCGAGUUUUGAAUAUUUCAUAAUUCCGUAUUUGAAGCUUAUGCUUCAUGCAUUUGGACCAUUUGAGUACUCUUUCCUCAACAAUAUGAGGGCAUUCGUUCGAAAAUGUUGUUCGCAGUUUUCCUGGUUCGAAAGAUUGGUCUGUUGUUUUAUAAGGAAGUACUUUUCCUUUGCACUUACACCUUCAGUAACAGGCAAUACCUCCAUUCGCAGAUUUCUGACUUUUACUCCUACGGCACUAUCAGCAAAACAGGUUAUACAUUACGGACAGGCUAGAGAAGUUGGUCUCAUACGUUACUUCAAUUAUGGUACCAAGAAAAACGUGAAAGUAUACGGAUGUGCUGAACCACCCUCUUAUGAUUUUUCCCAAAUAUCGUCACCCUUGAUUAUAUUCGUUGGAGGAAAAGAUGUGUUUGGCGUGCCUGAGGAUUUGGAUGAAUUCAUCGGUUUAGUCGGACCAAACGCCAAGAAGUAUUGGAUCGAAAGAAAAGACUAUCGUCAUUUCGAUUUUCUUCUAGCCGAAGACAGUCCCGAAAUGGUAAACAAACCCAUACUGAAUUUUCUCAAUGAAUACACUGAUGCUAAUUGUUAGAUGUUGGAAAUAAAAGUAUUUAAUUCUA